AUGCAGGCGUCAGAAACGAAAGUCGUCAAUACGUUACAAUCUGUCGCCGAGCUGGCUGACAAGCUUGUCUCCAUCCAUACACUCAGACGGAAGAAAGCACUCCCCAGGUCAGUUAUUUACAUCGAACUUGAAGGUCUAAAUUUUCGUCGCGAAGGCUCAGUCUCUAUCUUGACCCUUCUCAUCGACCUAGAGACCUCACCGAAGCAGGCCUACUUUAUCGACGUUCACACACUGUGCGAAGAAGCAUUCAACACAGCGGGUGUAGGUAAAACCACCCUAAAGAACAUAUUGCAGGAUGAAGAGAUCCCCAAGGUCUUCUUCGAUGUUCGCAACGACUCCGACGCAUUGUUUUCCCACUAUGGUAUCGCCCUGCAAGGUGUCGAGGACGUACAACUCAUGGAGAGUAACAAACGAGAGACUACUGAAUUGAGAAGAUACUUCAACAGACUGAAGAGAUGUUUCGAGACGACCUUGUCGUGUGGAUUCUCCCGACACCGAUUAGAUUGA